AUGACAAGGAUCUGGAUGUUCAACAACUCUUCAAGGAGGAGCCUAAGGCAUUUAUCAAACCAGUUUCAACCUGUUGUGGGAAUCACAAAACAGCUGGCCAAGCUGCUGAGUGGAGAGCAGAUACUUGGGAAAAAAUAUAAUGAAUUCAACAAAGACCUCAAGCAGUUGGGAGCAGAAAAGACAUAUGCUGAGCUGCAAGAGGAUCCUAAGAUGAAGUCAUUGAUUGAUGAUAAUCCUGAAGAAGGCAAAAUAGUCAAGAUUAGUAUGGAUGAUAAGGCUGUUGUAGAUGUGACUGACGACAUGGUGGUCAACCAGCCCCCCCACAUAGAAUCACUCAAACCACAAUCCUCAGCAUCAUCACUCCCAUUGCCACACUGGUACCAAUGA